UUUUUGAGGAAGAAGAAGAAACAUCGACUGAAGUAUAAAAGAACCAAAAAUAUAUUUACUCGGCCAGUAUAGCUUGCAAUUUUGAGUGAAGAUUUAAAAGAUUCUUAAAAAUUAACAAAUUAAAAUGGUUGCACAAGAAGCCGAAGUUUUUGCAAAGAUUCAAGCUGUAUUGGACACAGUUGACCCAAACAAACCAGACAGAAAAGUCGUCCACGUAUUCAAAAUCAAAAUUACACAAAAUGGCGAAGUCGUCAAGACAAUGAUGUUGGACUUGGUCAAGAUUAAGUUCUACGAAGGAGAUGAUGAGGCUGAAUGUACAAUGACAAUUCCUGAUGAAAUCCUCGCUGAUGUUGUUUUAAAUAAAGCAGAAACCACAGGACUCAUUACAUCCGGAAAGGUCACAGUAGAUGGAGAUGUAGAGCUUGCCAAGCUUUUGGGAGCAACUUUAAGUCAAUAAAUUAUUAAAAAUUAAAAUUAAUUAAAAAAUAAAAAAGUUUAAAAAAGUAAA